UUAGUGCUCAUCCACUCACUCAUACCCAAUUAACCUGAAGAUGCCAUGUCCACUCAUUUUACUCGAGCGAAUGAUCAUCCCAUGAUUUGCCCCGCGCCAACGCCAGGGAUCGGAAUCGCCUCUCAGGAGCCCGGCAGCAUAUCUCGGGUCGGCCCUCUUUUCACCUGCAGCCACAUACGUGCAUUCUCCUCAAAAUUCGGCGGUCACGUCAAGAGUUGUAGCCAUGCUCUGGGUGCCCCAAGAGCACUCGAUCCCCGACUUAUUCGGUGCCUAGACCACCGUCGGCAAACGAAUUUUGUGAAGCUUUAUGGUCAAUCCUGCCCGUUGCUUUGGUUCCCAACUUGCCUCGAUGCGUUUGCAUCAAGACGGUGCAAGAAUAUAUAUUGUGUGCGAUCCGUGUGUGCGGAAUAUAAUCACCUCGCGCAUAUAUAGUCACACCGAUCUAGAGGAGCCAUGGUGUGCAAGUGCAAGCAAGCUAAUAGGGCAUCAUUAGAGAGAGCACAACAAAAACAUGGAGCAAAGAUUGGUAGUGCUGGUGCUUGCGAUAGCGUCGUUGUACUACGCUUGCCCGGUGGCAUCAGCAGCGUUCGUGGGGGACGACGACGUCCGUGUCGCGCUAAAGCAUGUCGACGCAGGGAAGCAGCUGUCCAGGUCCGAGCUGAUCCGGCGCGCCAUGCAGCGGAGCAAGGCGAGGGCGGCCGCGCUCUCCGCGGUGAGGAACCGCGCCGCCAGCGCCCGCUUCUCUGGCAAGAACGACGAUCAGCGAACGACGCCGCCGACCGGCGUGUCCGUGCGCCCGUCGGGGGACCUCGAGUACGUCGUCGACCUCGCCAUCGGCACGCCCCCGCAGCCCGUCUCGGCGCUGCUCGACACCGGCAGCGACCUCAUCUGGACGCAGUGCGCGCCGUGCGCCAGCUGCCUUGCGCAGCCGGACCCGCUGUUCGCGCCGGGGGAGUCGGCGUCGUACGAGCCCAUGCGGUGCGCCGGGCAGCUCUGCUCCGACAUUCUGCACCACGGCUGCGAGAUGCCGGACACGUGCACCUACCGCUACAACUACGGCGACGGCACGAUGACCAUGGGCGUCUACGCCACGGAGCGCUUCACCUUCACGUCGUCGGGCGGCGAUAGGCUCAUGACCGUCCCGCUCGGUUUCGGCUGCGGCUCCAUGAACGUCGGCAGCCUGAACAACGGCUCCGGCAUCGUGGGCUUCGGCCGGAACCCGCUCUCGCUGGUGUCGCAGCUCUCCAUCCGCCGCUUCUCCUACUGCCUCACGUCCUACGGCAGCGGCAGGAAGAGCACCCUCCUGUUCGGGUCCCUGUCCGGUGGAGUCUACGGCGACGCCACCGGCCCCGUGCAGACCACGCCGCUCCUCCAGAGCCUCCAGAACCCGACCUUCUACUACGUCCACCUCGCGGGCCUGACAGUCGGCGCCAGACGGCUGCGGAUACCGGAGUCGGCGUUCGCGCUCCGGCCCGAUGGAUCGGGCGGCGUGAUCGUCGACUCCGGCACCGCGCUCACGCUGCUACCGGGCGCGGUGCUCGCGGAGGUGGUGCGGGCGUUCCGCCAGCAGCUGAGGCUCCCGUUCGCGAACGGCGGCAACCCCGAAGACGGCGUGUGCUUCCUGGUGCCAGCGGCCUGGCGGCGCUCGUCGUCGACGUCACAGGUGCCGGUCCCAAGGAUGGUGUUCCAUUUCCAGGACGCGGACCUCGACCUGCCGCGGCGAAACUACGUCCUGGACGACCACAGGAAGGGCCGCCUGUGCCUCCUCCUGGCGGACUCCGGCGAUGAUGGCUCGACGAUUGGCAACCUGGUGCAGCAGGACAUGCGCGUGCUCUACGAUUUGGAGGCAGAGACCUUGUCGUUCGCUCCGGCACAAUGCUGACACGCGUAUUAUUAACCAUGCAAAUGCACGUCAAGCAUACUGCGUCGCGCUUGUUCGCAACAAAUAACAAGGGUUGUAAUAAAGAUCAUGUUGUUUUAGAUGAAUAAUGAAUAUGAUCUGGUUCCAAGAAAAACGCAAGGGAAGGAGAAAUGUGCUUUUUCUGCAAUGAAAAUGAAACAAUAGCAUAUCUGUCCUUCAAUAGGCUAGCUAGGACCCAGGAGCCUAGGACCGAAGUUUUGAAGUGGAUUGGUGCCUUUCCCUUACGGCUCAGGCAUGGAUGACAGUCAUGACUUUUCCUUUUUAUUUCCACUCGUUCGUUUGUUUUAUAAGUCAUACUAUUUCAGUCAACAAUACUUUCGGCUAUAGUUUUUCAACGAA